CAAGCGCUUUAAGAAGCAAUCAUGACGACAAUAUGGGCGCCAAAACUUGGCUUAAACCCCGAUCUCUUUGGCCUUCACGUUCAUCCUCCUCUCUAUCCACGAGGCAGCCUGAUGCAGUUGGUUCCGCUGAUGCCCAAAAUGAUCAAAGGCACCUAAAGGAACCAGUUGCUAACGUGGCGUCCGAUGCCAACGCGACGACUAUCCCUCAAGUAAAGGCAAUCGAAACCAUCGAACGAUCCGAGGCUAUUCAAUCCUCAGCGACAUCAUCAACAUUUGAUAAUACCCCGAUUCGAGAACUUUGGAAUAUUGCGUACGAGAAACUGCGAGAAGAAGAAAGCGCCCUUGUUGUAGAGUAUGAGGCUAGACUGCAAGGGAGCGUUGUCGCCGGUCUGGGUGAGGCUCUUAAGCUGAAAUCGAACACCAGAGAGCGGAUGUGGGCGAUCCUUCAAAGCAAGAUGAACGAAGUGAAUAAAAAUACGACCAAGUUCAAUAUAGGCAGCACCGAGAUCAAGAUGAGAGACGUUGCCCAACUCGUCUUAAAUGUUGUGGGCGCUGCCAACAGUUACAUCAGUCAGGCUGUAAGCGCCAACCCGUCAGCCUCGAUAGCUUGGGCUGGCGUCAGCUUUUUGCUACCGUGUUACGAGUCACGCAAAGAUGCUCAGCACGAGUUUCAGCAAUCACACCGCCAAUAUAAAGCCGCUUUAGAGCGACUCUACAGACAGAUAUUGAAAUUUCAGACUAAAAGCUGCUGCUAUUACUCGAAUAGCUCAGCUUUUCGCUAUGGUCUUGAUGCCGUUAAGUGGAACGACUGGGAUCAGCUAGUGAACGACGUGCGCCAGCGAGAUGCAGAGUUUGCUGCUUUCGAACAGAUUUGGCGAGAUUUACAGCAUCUUGAGGAGCGCCUAGCAGCUGAAAGCCUGCAUCGGGAAACUAUGAACUCUAUAGCCGCAAUAAAAACAGAGUUGUGUAUAUCGCGCGAGGCCACCGAAAGUGCAAUGACCAGACAAGAAGGCCAUGAACUACUUAGCUGGCUUUGCGAUAUUGAUCCCUCAUUAAUAUACAAUACUGCUCGAGAAAGUCACGAGGCUGGCACUAAUGAAUGGCUAAUAACAAGUGAGGAGUUUCAGAGUUGGGAGAGGAGUGAUGGGUCGCUGCUGUGGCUCCAUGGCAAAGCCGGCUCGGGAAAAUCAGUCAUAACUUCCUCGGUCAUUAGCUAUUUGAAAGACAAAUACUCAUCGCGGCCUUCAACAGCUCUCGCUUACUUCUAUUUUACUUUCAGUGACCUAAAGAAACAAGAAGUGGACGGAAUGCUUGCAUCCCUUAUUAAACAUAUCUGUUCUUGUCUGCCUGCCAUACCACAAUCGGUCAAACAACUUGGAGAUUAUAAAACUAAAGGCGAACGUCCGGAUACUAAAACACUCGAAGCAGCACUUAUAGCCUCAACAUUGAAGCUCUCGGCCGUGUUUUUUGUCAUCGACGGCUUAGAUGAGUGUCCGCUUUUUGGCAGGCAAAGGGAGAGGCUUUUAAAAAGUUUACAAAACAUCCUUUUAAAUACACCGAAGAAUUUUCAUGUUUUUUUAGCAAGCCGCAAAGAAUAUGAUAUUAAUCUCAAAAUACGUCCUCUUUUAUCUCUACCGGAUAGAUUCGAGAUCGACCUAUUGGUCCAACGGAACACUCUGAAUAAUGAUAUCUAUCAAUACAUUAUCUCAACAUUAGCAGCAGAGGAGUUUCAAUUUUGGCCAGUUGACGUUAAGGAAGAGGUAACAAAGUCUCUUAUUGAAAAGGCGGAUAGUAUGUUUCAAUAUGUCCGCUUUCAGCUUGAAACACUUCAAGAGCUUUCAUCUGUACCCGAGAUCCGCAAGGCCCUUCUAGACCUUCCUAUCGGACUUGAUGCAACUUACAACCGAAUUCUCGAAAAUAUUGACACCAAGUUCCAAAGCCAGGUUAUAAAUUCACUAAAGUGGUUGGCAUUCUCAAAAAGAGUCUUAACAGUUGAAGAAUUGACUGAAAUAUUUAUUAUUGACCCGGAUAAAGAUACUGCAUUUGACGAAAACGCGCGCCUCUUUUCUUCUUCGGCUAUAACUAGGUACCUUUCUGGCUUAAUUGUCAUUGAAAAAGGUCGGAGCUUAAGCGAAAGUCCCGUCCGCCUAGUCCACUUUUCCGUCAAAGAAUAUUUAACUUCUGACAGGAUAGACUCGGCUUUCUCAUUUACAGAAGCGGACGCUCAUAUAGAUAUCACGCAUUCAUGUCUAGCGUAUCUUACGCAUUUGAACACCACAUAUGAGAGAAACGUUGAAACCCCUUAUGGUUUGGAAGUGCUCUAUCCUUUAACAAAUUACGCGGCUAAAUACUGGGCGAUGCAUCUCGAGAAACCUAAGCCUAUUGCUCACUUUACUCGACCAAGGGAAAAGUGCAGGAGCAUACGAACCUGA